AUGCAAAGUAAUGACAUAAAACUCAAAUGUUCAGUUUCAAAUCAUGAUGCUCUUGUAUAAUUAGUGUGUUUUGAACCAGAUUGCAAGGCAUUUAGAUUCUUUUGUAUUUAGUGUUAAAAAGAUGGAAUUCAUCAAAAUCAUGUCCAAAUGUGUUUUGAAAUACCUAAAUUGUUUGAAUACGCAUAAAAGGUUGGAAAAGAAUGUGAUGAUCUUCUAGAGAUAGUGAAUAAAUAAUGGAAAUCAAUCAAAUAUUAAUUUUAAACAUUGAUUGAAGGAAUCAAGAAAAAAUACAUCAUCUCAAAUACAUUUUUGAUUUAGCUUAAUUAUUCAUAGUUAAAUUAAACCUUAGAAGAUUUGAUUAAUUUUCAAUCAUAAAACUCUUUUAUUAAGAAUACAAUUUAAAACACUUUAUUUGAUUUUAUUGAAAAAAUAGAAAAACUGGAGCAAGAAAUUAAACUACAUGAAAAACCACUUUCUUUUCAUAUAUCUAAAUAGGAAAUAGAGAAAUCAUAAGAAUUAUUUUAUAAAGGAUAUGAAUUAUAUUAAGAUAAUGACAAGUAUGAUGAAGCCAUCAUCAUAUUAGAUCAAGCAAUCAAUUUAAAUCCAAAUAACUAUCAGGCUAUCUGGUGUAAAGCUGCAAGUUUAAGAAUGCUUGGCUAAUAUAAAAAAGCUAUUAUUUGGGCUGACAAAGCUUUAUUAUUAGAUCCAAAACAUAAUUUUUCACUUUAUUGUAAAGCUGCAUGUUUAAGAAUGUUGGAUCAAUAUGAAGAAGCAAUUAUUUGGGCCAAUAAAGCAUUAGCUAUAGAUUCUUAAGAUUGUUUUGCUUUAUCAUGUAAAGGAUCUUCACUACGAUUGUUGAAAAGGUUCAACGAAGCAAUUAAAGUUAUUAAUGCAUCAUUAACUAUUAAUCCAAAUCAUUUUGAUUCAUUAAAGGAGAAAGGUGCAUGUUUACAUGAUGAACAUCAAUAUCAAUAAGCAAUGUUAUUCUACGAAUAGGCUUUGAGGAUUUUUCCAGGUGACCAAUGGACCAAAGAUAGAUUAGAUAAAUGUUUGCAAGCUCUAAAACCAAAGUAAAAAUGA